GGCGCUAAACAUGGGAUCUGAAGAUCAGGAGCGCGCGUCUUGGGACAGUGCGAAAAAUGCCUUCCUGGUAGAGCUACCAUGACGCAGCAAGCGCAAGCAGGGAAGAGAGCUGACAGCGGCUUCAUGAAGGAAGCGUGGGCCGAAGCACUCGCUGCGUUCAACGCCCCUUUCCAGACGAAGCUGUCGAGGCAGCAGAAUAAAUCCAUACUGACAGCUCUGAAAGGCAUCUAUACGGCGAUCAAGGCAAUGCUGGACGCGUCGGGAUUUGGCUGGGAUAAUCAACGUCAUAUCGUGCUAGUGCAUGAUUCUGUUUGAAAUGAUUACGUGGAGAUACAUCUAUUGCUCACUACGAGCAUCGAUAAAAUGCCUUAACCUAACGUUUACUGCGAA